AUGGAGAUCUUGCAGCAUAUUUCAGCUUUUGCCUUUGGGAGAAUCAAAGCUGCCUACAGGGUACAGAGCGUUCCAAGUAGCUGGAAUUCCUUCACCAUAAAUUCUGUUGGACUUUGUGUGUGCUGGCAUGGAUAUUGGAGUGCCCAACCACUUAUCUGUGCUGGGUUUGCAGCUGCCUGGCUGCCACCACUUCUCAGCUCACACAAGAACAGUCUUCCUCCACUGUCUGAAAUCUCAGUAACCUGUAGCUGUGCCCCAGGAACCUCAACGCAGCCUCCUUGGGAGCCCCUGGGAGCUGCUGGAUUGCCCCACUUGGUUGUCCUUUUGUUACCUCCUCCUGCUGAAGGAGCCUACGGACCUCAUGUCCCAAGUCUAUGCAGGUUAAACCUUCUUUACAUCCUUUGGAUCUCAGCGAUGUUUGUGUGCUCAGCUUACCCAGUUGGCCCUUCCAUGAGCAGCAAUCCUUUUUAUUUGAAUUGCCAGCUGUAUGGAAAAUCUGAUUACUGCCUGGUGCUGCUGAAUAGCUGCUUAGCCAAGGUGGGCAGGAGCGAAGAGCUGGCUCUCCUACAGCCUCCCUUCCUGGAGAUGCCUUUCAACAAACGGUCCUUCCGCAAUGGUGUGGGAUCAGGAAUUAAAAAAACUUCCUUUCGAAGAGCAAAGUCCUAAACAAAUGUUCCAAACCGUACCCUCGGUUUUAGCAUCCCAUGCCCAACUUUGUGCUUAAAAUCACCUUAAUGCUUUUUUCUGCUAAAACCGUCAGACACAAAUGUACCCGUGUCUUCAUCUUGUAAGCAGAUGUUUAUUUCAAAGAGCACAAGCCAAGUGGAGCAGAUGGAAGCGCUCAGAACGGGCUUUGUUUUUGGAGUUACAGUAUCAUAAAGUUUUGUAUGGAAAUGAAUGUUUUCAUUUGGUUAAUUCCCCUUCUUUGUAAAGCUACAGACUCAAUCAGCUGGCUCCUGAUUAGCACAAAGGCAGCCGUCCUGUCCCAACCCCUCUCAUUGCUGCCAGCUGCUGUGGCAGCGUUCGCACAGAUCCCCAGGGUGUUUAAUUUCUCAUUUCUGAAAGGUGUGAAGGGCCACGGAUGAAACAGAGCCUGGUCCUGCUUGCAGCUUCUGCUUUCUUCGUAAUGUUGUUAUUUAACAUAACUUUUCUGGGAAAUAAUGUCUUUGGGUGUGUGAUCUCAUUUCCAGAGGAGUCCUUGGAAGUCAUGCUGAGGCAGGGUACCAGCAGCUCCCAUUGCCUCAACCAAUUGACUUGCGUAGGGAACACACGCCUGAUGAAUUGUGUUUCUGCUAAUGGCUGCAGGUGUGGCACAGUAACUAGCAAUGCUCUUAAUUCUCUCUAAAGAAUUUCAUAAAAGAUUUGUUUGGUCUGAAAACAUGUAAGCAUUUUGUGUAGGAAUGGUCAUCUGCUGUGUGAGGUUUCCCUCGUGGCUGUCUCCUCCAAAUGCAAUGUUCCAGCCUGUAACUUUGCUUUGAAAACAUUGAAAGUUAUCUGUGCAGUGCAUU